AUGUACAUUGUAGCAUAUAUACCUUCAAAGCUUGUAUUUGAAGAGAAGUUGAGAAGAUUUUGCACUGAAUCACCAAAAAUACAGAGAUGGAUUGAUAACAUAUCGAAGGAAAAGUGGGCUUUGAGUCAUGACAACGACGGACGUCGUUAUGGACAUAUGACCACAAAUUUGUCUGAGGCUGUGAACAAGGAAGCAUCUUCCUAUCAAGUGAGACAAUAUGAUAUAGCAAGAACAAAGUUUGAGGUUGAAGAGGCCUUUAAUCCUAUCACGCAAAAGGGUGGUAACAAAUGGACUGUUAUUCUAUGUACAAAAUACUGUGAAUGUGGAAGAUUUCAGGCAUAUCAAUUUCUAUGCUCACAUGUGAUUGCUGCAUGUGCAUCAGUAAGUAUUGACUUUUGGCAAUAUGUUGAUGAUGUUUACUUGGUACAAAAUAUUGUCAAUGCAUAUUCAUCACAGUGGUCCCCUUUGGGAAAUGAUGGGAGUGUUCUCCAAAACAAUGAGUCGAAGCUAGUGCCUGAUGAGACGAGAAUAAGAGGAAAGGGAAGACCAAAAUCAACUCGAAUUAGGAAUGAAAUGGAUUGGGUUAAGUCACAAAGUAGACACAGAUGCAGUAAUUGUUGUCAAAUUGGUCAUAAUGUACGUCAAUGUACUUCUACACAAGCUAAUGAUAGGAUUGACCGAAGGAUAUUAUGUAAACAUAUCGUUUUAUGUUAUUUGGUGUUUUCAACAUUUUCUUAG